AGGAAGGAACGGAGGUCAGAAAACAAGCUUCGAGUUUUGGAACUGGUGUAGCAGCUUCUCCUGAAAAGUGCCCUAAACAAUGUUGAAUGAAGUGAAUUAUUCCAAGUCAGGUUAAGAGGUCGCAGGGUUGUGGCCCUUUAUUUUUGGUAUUCGUCCCUUCUUUGCUUGCCAUCUUCACAUCCUCUCACGUGGAACAGGAAGUGAUCUGGUACUGCCGCCAUCAUCGCAUUAUUGAGGAACACCACAUAACUCAGAUACUCUCAAAGAUUUCACACUCGACUCGAGAUAUGAGACAAGGGACCAUGGUGAUUGGCAUUUGGCUGCUGAUGGCGACGCUUUUUUGUGGAGCAGUCAUGUCAGCUCCAGUACCUCCACACCAGUCCACAGGCUCUGUGACCCCAGAGGACCUGGUGGAGGUGCCGUUGGGCCAGUCUGACAGCUCUGUGACCCCAGAGGACCUGGUGGAGGUGCCGUUGGGCCAGUCUACAGUGUUGUCCUGCCAGCUACAUCUGCCUCCAGGCUCUCUGGAGCAGAACUGCGUCAUAGUGCAAACCAAAGACACUCGGGAGAAGAACACACCUUUGUUUCCAACCGGCCCGGAGAAGGAAGUGGAAGUGCUCGAGCAGGUGCUCCUCUACUUGAGGAAAGGUCAGGAGAAGCCCGAGUUUCAGUCCCCGCUGUACCGAAACAGGACCAGCCGCUGGGAUGGGGGAGACGUCAGCGUGCAGCUAUGGAACGUGUCUGUGAGAGACAACAACACCGUCUUUCAGUGUUUUGUGACUCCUGGCUGCCAGGAAUAUGUGCUCAAGAGAGAGAUUACACUACGGACAGUGGAGAGGACAGAUGGUGUGAAUCAGAACCCUACUGUGACCGUGACUGCAGGUGUGAAUCAGAACCCUACUGUGAUCGUGACUGCUGUGGUUGUACCUGUGCUGCUGCUGCUGGGUGCCAUUGCGGUUCGUUGUGUCUGCACCAGAAUAAAGCGUUCUAAAUCUGCUGCAGGAGCCAAUCAAGAUGCCACAGAGGGAGGGGCCAUGGGAGCAGUGGAGAAUGGAGUGAUGGGGAAACCCACUGAGGAGAGCGUGGGAAACCAGGACCAGCCGGACGGACCGGUUGUGAUGACCGAGGACCAGCCGAAUGGAUCAUUGAACCGAGACCAGGACCAGCCCAAUGGAUCAACUACUUACUUGAAGAAACAGCAGCACCAGCAGAGUGGAUCAGCUGAGAGCACAGCAGCACCAGAACAGGAGCCUCUGCUCAGGAACGAACACAGCAGGGGGGAGGACGGCCGCGGAGGCCCGAGUGACCAGGACAGAGCCCUGAGUGAACAGGAGACCUUGGCUCAGGAGCUAGAGGAGUCGUCCAGUAACUGGAAGGGUGCUGGUUCGAGCCCAACUCCUCCUGACCUUGUCAAAGUGUCCUUGAGCAAGACACUUAACCCCAGUGCUCCCGAUGAGCAGGUUGGCGCCUUGCCUCCGCCAUCAGUGUGUGUGAGAAUGUGA